UAGCUCGCAAUAUGCGCACCUUUAUAAUAAUCCUAGGUCUCCUGGCCAUGGUUGCUGCUGACGGUGUUCACAAUCACAACCAUGGAGCAGGAGCUUCCCGUGCUGGUAGAGGUAGAUUUCAACAGAGGCCAGUAGCAAGUGCUCCAGCUGGUCGCAGAGGACGUCAGCAAGGAAGACGAGGCCGUCAAGAAGGAGGAGCAGCAGCAAGCUAUGCUGCUCCUGCUGAUGAUGCAUAUGGUGCUCCUGCUGAUGAUUCAUAUGGCUCUCCUGCUUAUGAUGACAAUACUGCACCUGUUGAUGCCUACGGCGCGCCCGCUGACGAGACUUCUUAUGAUGACUAUACUGCACCAGCUGCUGAUGCUUAUGGAGCCCCUGCUGAUGAUGCUUAUGGAGCACCUGCUGGUGAUGAGUAUGAUUAUGAAACCCCAGCUGCAGAUGCCUAUGGUGCUCCUGCUGAUGACUCUUAUGGGGCCCCUGCUGAUGAGUAUGAUUAUGAUGCCCCAGCUGCACCUGCUAAUGAUGCCUAUGGCGCACCUGCUGAUGAUGCUUAUGGCGCCCCAGCAGCUGAUGACUAUGAGACAUCUGAAUAUACUGCACCUGCUGCUGAUGCUUAUGGUGCCCCUGCUGGUGAUGAGUAUGAUUAUGAAACCCCAGCUGCAGAUGCCUAUGGUGCUCCUGCUGAUGAUUCUUAUGGUGCCCCUGCUGAUGAGUAUGAUUAUGAUGCCCCAGCUGCAGAUGCUUAUGGGGCCCCUGCUGACGUCAAUAUCCCUCUUGAUGCAUAUGCCGCUACCGAAGCCCCUGCUGCUGGAUAUGAGGCUGAUAGAGCCGCAAGAAACAGGGGAGGGUUCUCUAGAGGAGGAAAUCGUAAUCAGAAUACUAGAGCAGGCAAGGCACUCCGUCCUAACCAAAGGCAGUCUGCAGCCAGACCAGCUCCAGCACAGAGGAGGCCUGCAGCUAGACAGCCAGCCCAGCAGCCCAGAGCAUCUAGAGGACGCAGUUUGAUUCCUGUACCAGUUCCUCACAGAGGGCCUGCUAGGAACCGUCUGAUUGCACAGUAGUGGCUUUCAACUAAGAAGAAACCAAGAAUGCCAAUUAUGUAUUAAUUUAUUUAUUUAUUGCCACUGCGCUGUUUACAUACUGUAUAAAGAUUACACAUUAUUAUUUGAAAAUAAAUCACAAUCUACGCCUAA